UCUUUAAAUAAAACCACCUUUACGAUAAAACCACACCAAAGGAUAGAAUGGGAAAUUGCUUGAAAAUUAAUAGUUCUGAUGACAUUUCACUUUUGCGAGGCAGUGAAAGUGUACACAGGCAAAACAGCGGACCUCUGCCAAUGUUUCAGAACGAGCAGUAUCAACAAAUCUUUUUUCCAUCGCCAUCCACUUCCAUCGGCCAUGCUCCAAUAGCAGGCCAUUCACAACUUUCCGAGGAGGACCAAGUUAAAAUAGCAAAACGGAUUGGUUUAAUGCAACAUUUACCAAUAGGCACAUAUGAUGGUAGCUCGAAAAAAUCACGAGAGUGUGUUAUUUGUAUGGCCGAAUUUUGCGUUGAUGAAGCUGUUCGCUAUCUUCCAUGUAUGCAUAUUUAUCACGUGAAAUGCAUAGACGACUGGUUAAUGAGAAGUCUCACUUGUCCCAGCUGCUUAGAGCCGGUCGACGCUGCUUUGUUAACAAGUUAUGAAACAACAUAGCUCAACUGCAAUAUGCCACUGUCUGUUAGUCAAUACAGUAGGCAUUGUAAAACAUGCAAAACACCAUGAACAUUUUUAUUGUUAAACUCGUCAUAGUAAUCAUUGAUUAAAAAAAUUCUUUGUCUUUAUUGUUACCGCUUGUGGGUAUAUAUUAUCACAUUUUUUUUU